CCUACAGCAGCAGCACAUCAGCUCCACUUCUCUUAUCUAGAGAUGGAUUUUAAUCGUCCAAAAAUCGCGCCCUGGGUCUACGGACUCCCUCUAAUGAGGCGCAAGAAUGCUGAGCAUUGGUCCCAGUGGUAUCUCCACACGCCCUGUCCACCACCAGCAAAACCUGCUGCCAAAAACACUGGCAGCAGGUUUCACCCAAUCAGAGGGCUGGAGCCAGAAUGGGGCGGAGCCUUCAGGAACUCCUCCUUUACAGAAGAGUUCACCUCAAGGCCGCUCCAUGUCCAGCCAACUCCUCCACCUGUGCCUCCGCCUGUCGCUACCCAACCAGUGGUGGUGAAUAAACCAACGGCCAACAAUUCACCAGGUAGCAGGAUACCAGUUCUGGACAGGCGGAGGAAGCUGAGGCCACUCCAAGCUGUGGUGCCGCCCGUUAGCAACAUGGCUGCCCACAGCGUAAAGGAGGAAACAGCGCAGGUGGAGAGAAAACGCAGGAGGAAGCCCAGUAACAUCAGGGCAGCUCCUCAGGCCGUGGGGAAAGGUCAGGGAGUGGAGCAGCCACUGGUGCUUCCAUCCCUGACCAGCGAGGAUCCCCUCAACCGGCCUGAGGAUGCUCUCGGCCAGGCACUAGAUCUGCUGCAGGAUGAGGAAUGGUAAGAUUUCUACUACUAAG